AUGUCUUCCAUUGUUACGAGUAUUUUAAGCUCAACCGUAGGCUUGUUAUGGAACAAAGCUCGGGACUCGACUGCGGCUAAACUGAAGGACGGCGAUGUAACGGAUGCAAAAAUUCGGGAGCUCGUCGUGAGAGAGUUGAAUGACAUCAAGACGAAACUUGAUGGUCUUUCCCGUGUAAAUUUACUCAGCAGCUCCCGAUUCCUGAAAGAAGGAGUGGAUUUACUCUACGUUUCUCUUGAUAAAUCGAAGCUGGAGCCGAAAGCUGUGAUGGACCCAACUCAACAAGACCGUGAUGAAACAUCAGGAAUGUCGAGCGGUGUCGAGUCUGGGAUCUUAAGCGAAGCCUUAGAACUUUCGCACGUCAUGGGAGAGUUGAAAAUUUACUCUGAUAAGGAGUUUGAAUCCGCUAAGGAGAGGUUUAAAGAUGCCCGUAAGAGAGCAACUGAUGCUUUCUGCAACGAGGCAUUAAAUAUUAACGAUAGAAUCUUCGCGGCCAAACUACGUGUUGUUUCUGAGAUACUGGAAUGCCUCGAUAGUCCUCAAACCGCCAUCACAGGAUGUCUGUCGUUUCUUCAAGAUCUACAUAGCUUACCAGCUAUCCGUGACAUGUUCUCUGUUUAUCUCAAUGGCGGUGUCAAGUCGUUGUUGGGUAAAGCAGAACGUGUAGAGAACAUAAAAUCUUUGAUGCUGAUAAACUAUGUUUUGUUUAAUCUUAAUUUAAAAUUCAGUCGCAAACUUACUGACAGGGUAACAUGGCCUGGUGUAAUUGAACUUACUGAUCGCAGUUUUGACCCAAUAUUGGACUGGAAAGAGGUUUCAACAAAAAAAUCUAUGGACGAUGAAUUGGGUCAACCUCCCAAGCAGCUAAUACUUGAUGAAGCAAUAUUUCCACGAUUAUCGGCUGUGGACAGUCAUGGGAAUGUGGUUGUUGGAGAGCUUGGCGGAGAUAACAUCGGGUUGGUUGUUGGAGCCUGUGUGAGUGCCGGAAACAUCACGGUCAUUUCGAGAACUGCAGCAGAAAGCAAGGUGGUUAAAUUACCUGAUCCCAGCGAAGGUAAACCUAUCGAGCAAGGUAUCGUAGGACUCGCUGUUGAUAAAAAUAACAAUGUUUAUGUUGUUAGAUGGGUUAAAACACGUACGGAAAAUAGCGACGUGAAAAGUUACGUGCUGAAUGUGCUGGAUGAAAAUCAUAAUGUGAAACACGAUUGCAUGUGUGAUUUCCUUCAGGUUACAUGUACACCCUUAGGUAAUGUUCAUUGGGUGAAGAUCGCUAUAAACAAAAACAAUAAUAUCAUCAUGAUCAAAGGCGAUUAUCUCUAUGUCUGUGAUAAUGUUGGACAAUUGAAACACAUGUUUGAACCACACACCAUUGGCGUAACCAUGGGGUUUGCUAUUUCAAAUAAAGAUGAAAUCAUGAUAUCAUCACGUGAUGACAAGGCUGUUCACUUCUACUCCGAGGAAGGAAAUCUAAAGUCCACAAUAGAACUGCCAGAAGGUCACAAGAUCCGUGGGAUGGCAUUUCACUAUGUCAUUCGUAAAAUAAUUGUCUUAACUUAUGCCCAGAGAAAAGAUUCAUAUUUCCUUGUUAGUUACACUGAGACAGGCGAACCGGAGACCCCAACGUUCUUUUGCAAGCGUGAUGACGCUGAUUAUUCUGGCCUCAAACCAGGCCUCAAACCGUUCAUCACAUCUCAUCCAUGUGGUCCUGUUGCUGUUGUGCGAGCGAAAAGCAUCACCAUUAUUUAA